AUGGAGUUCUGCGUGGCUCAGACAUGCCCCCAAGGGAAUCAUGAAGCCCCCUCCCCCACCUUCAGCACCUUCCAGCCCAUGAACUUGACCCAGGGGAGAUGCCAGGACCUGAAUUUGGGGAGCAAGCCCAGCAUGCAGGCUCUGAAGGAACAGGAGGUUCAGCUCAGCCCCACGGCCACACACACUGUGGCUUCUGCCUCAGCCCCAGGAGCCACCUGGGUCCUAGGGAAUGCUGACAAGGAGGAAGAGGUACCUGGGAAUGCUGGUCUGUCGCUGCAAGCUGAGACCAGAGCAUGGGUCCAGAAGACCCAGUCCCACUGGCUCUUGCUCAGGACCGCCCCUGUUUGGUUCCAUGGCUUCAUCACCAGGAGGGAAGCUGAGAGGCUCCUGCAACCCCAGCCUCAAGGAUGCUAUCUGGUGCGCUUCAGCGAGAGCACUGUGACCUUCGUGCUAUCCUACAGGUAAGGGGGGGAGAAAUGGGGGUGUCUGACUCAAAGUGGCCCCUCCAGGAGCCGGACCUGCUGCCGUCACUUCCUCCUUGCCCAGCUAGGGGAUGGGCGUCACGUGGUGCUGGGCGAAGACAGUGCCCACGCGCAGCUUCAGGACCUGCUUCAACACUACACAGAGUUUCCCCUCAGCCCCUAUGGGGAGACGCUCACCCAGCCCCUUGCCCGCCAGACUGCCGAGCCGGCUGGACUUUCCCUGAGGACCGAAUCAGACUCUGGAAGCAAAAGACAGGAAGAUCCAGACAGCCAGAACAGGCUGCUCAUCCAACAGGGGCAGGCCCAGGCCCCAGCACACAAAGAGGGAACUUCACAGGGAUCCAGACCCAGGCCUCCCAUUCCUGCCAAGCCCCAGCUUCCUCUUGAAGUCUAUACACGUCCUACUUCACGAGCCCAUCGGGUUCUACCCGUUCACCCCAUCUACCAGGAGCCUGAUGAACCCAUAGCCUUCUACGCCAUGGGACGGGGCAGCCCUGGAGAAGCCCCCAGUAAUAUCUAUGCUGAGGUAGAGGGGCCAUCGGGAAUGGCACCCACUGGGCACCCCACCCUCCAGAAGUGCUGGUCCAGGCCUAUCUCAGGAGGCCAGGCAAAGGGAGUACAGGGGAAAAAAAGUUCAAGAAGGCCAGCAGGAAGAGGGAACCCCUCCUGAACAGCGGGGCAAGGUGAAGUCGGCGGGCUGAAACAGGAUGGAGUGGUCCAUGCGGCCGGAAACCUUUGCCCAGCUCCAGGCCUGAGACUGCUCUGUCCGUUCUCCUGGACAUUCCCACGGGCUCACCUUUGCCAAGCCGUACCUGCCCCUACUUCAGAAAAAAAAAUUAAGGGAGACAGGGUUCCCUCAACCUUCCUCCUCCCAGCCUGCCUCUUGACUGUCAGGCCUUCCUCAAACAGAGAAGGACACCUAGAAUCCCACAUGUCACCCCCAGGGGACUCAGAGGAAGUGGCCACUGCACUCUGUGUGCUCACCCCUUUCAGGCUCCCCACAGAGAGUUUCAGUCACAUCUGAAAGUGGUAUUGCGAUGCCAUGAGUCAGACUCCCCAUACUUCAGGUCCUUCCUCAGACUUCCUCUCUGCGGGCACCGAAGUUCCCUGCUCUGCCUGUGCCCGCUGAGCUCACCUGUGCCCCCUCCACCUUCUGCCUCCACAGUCCUGUCUCUAUCCAGGCUGCCCAUGUAGACAGUGUUUUCUUUGGGUUGCCAACCAGCUCCCAAAUAAAGAUAUGGAGAGUUAUUAUUAAUCAUGAAUGCUCGGGCUUAACUUAGGUUUGUCCCACUAGCUCUUAUGACUUAAUUUAACCUCU